AUGACGAGCGUGUAUGAUGACGCCGCCUCAGCUGGACUGAGCGACCGUGCAAACACAGCAAAAAUGACCUUCGGCGGCACAUGGAAUCCACCCAAGUCUGUGUUCGAUCUCUAUACUCCAAGAUAUGUGUCGGGAACCGGGAUCUCCAAAGAAGGGCUGUGCCCUAUCUGCAUUGACAGUGGCGUCAAGUUGUGGUCUAAACUCAAGUCGUCCGCGCACAAUUACCACAUGAACAAUUUUCAUGGCAUAAGCUCCAACACGUGCAAACCAUUUCCACCGCCUAUCGGAUUUCGUGUGCAGGCACGUACUGCAGCGUCCGUGCAAGAGAGAGACGAGAUCGUUCAGGGGAAUUGCGGAAUUUGCAAGAAGUGGGUCGAUAUUGAGGGGAUCAAGCGUGGGGCUGUGAAAAUUCCAGAGAUUUACUGGUGGAAGCAUGCUCAGCAAUGUCACAACAAGCAUCCAGAGAAGAUGCAAGAUCCCGAAGGCGUCUUUAAAGAGGAUGCCUUGUUCAAAAAGGUCUCCGCUUUCGUCGCAAGACACGGUGACCCCUACUAA